AUGGUAGUAUCAGAAGUUAUAACAUUAGCAUCAAAGGAUGAUACAGGUAUCUAUUUGUAUGAUCUUAGAAACGGAACAUUACAAACAACUUUGACCAACUCUAGUGCUGUCGACAAUGGUGUAUGUUUGAUUGGUACAGAGUAUGUUGCAGUUUCACAAUCUGGCAAGGCAUUGUUACAUCUAUACUCUUGGAACAAGGAUUCACCAAUGUAUAAGAUUCCAAUGCAAGAAAAGACAGGUCCUCUUUGUGCCACUUCCGACGGUCUCUACUGUUGUAUGGGUACGGCUUCGGGAACUAUCUACAUUUGGGAGACUGCUUCUGGUGCUCUUGUACGUACAUGGGAAGCUCACUAUAACAAAAUCACUACAAUCACUUUUACAAGAGAUGAUUGUUUCCUCUUAUCUGGUGGUGAUGAUGGUGUAAUCAAUGUUUGGACUUUGGAAAGUUUAUUAAAUAAAGAAGAAAGUUUAAUGAGAACAAAGACAUCAUUUACAGAUCAUUCAUUGGGAAUUACAUCGAUUUAUUGUGGAUAUGGUGGUAGUAACUCUAGAGUAUAUAGUGUAUCAAAUGAUCGUACCUGUAGAGUAUGGGAUUUGGUUCAACAAAGAGCCAUUACCUCUAUUGUAUUCCCAACCAAUUUGACAAGUGUAGUGGUAGAUGCCAGCGAGACUGUCCUCUAUGUAGGAGGUGGUGAUGGAGUUAUCUACCAAACCGAUUUGAUUUCACUCAGUCAGACAUCGUUGGACAUGCAACACAGCCAACAACAACAAUCCUUUGUCACCAACGUUUCCAAUCAACUCCAACAACAAUUGAAAAAAACAUUUGUUUCAAGUAGCAGCAAAUCCAUUACCGCCUUGAAUCUAUCAUUCGAUGGGUCACUCCUCAUCUCUGGUACUUUGGAUGGUCAAUGUAAUAUAUGGGACACCUUUAGUAGACAAACUGUCCGUUCCAUUGCCUCUCUCAAGGGUGCAAUCACAUCCAUCCAAGUACUCUUUAAUCCAAUCGAUAAUCUUUCAAUGAACCAAGACAGCAACCGUAAACAAUCCAAUCAACCACUUCAACCAUUUGAAAAAUAUACCUCAGACAAGGCAUCUUCAAAUAUUCCAAUUAAAUUAUCAACUCUACCAAUCAACAAUCAAUUUAAUCAACUCAUUGAAUCUUCAUUAACUUUUAAUAAUCAAUAUAAUCCUUCAAUUAAUAAUAAUACUCAACAACAAGAAUCUACCGAAGAAUCAAACAAUAAUAAUAAUAUUUCCAAUAAUGAAGAAAAUAUUGCAAAUAUGGUAAAAGAGAUUAAUAGAUUUAAACAAGAAUUGGAUAAACAAAAGAAACUUAAUCGUAAACUUGUCGAUCAAAUGGUUGAAGAUUCAAUUUCAAAGGGUGAUGAUAAACAACAAAUUCAAAAACAAAGGGAAGCCAUCAUGAACAAGAAUUUGAUGGAAAUUGAAAAACAAGAUAAAGAAGAAAGAAAAAAGGAACAACAAGAACAAAAACAAAAGCAACAACAACAAAAGAAACAAGAAAAAGUAGCAGCAGCAGUAGAACAAGAACCAGAAGAAGAACAAGACUUAAUUUUAUUGGAAAAACCAAAGACCCCUAAACAACCAAAGAAACCUGCUCAAGCCAAACAAUCUGCUAAAAAAGUACCAAUUAAAGCUUUACCUUCAAAAGCAAAGAAAUAA